AAGCCCACCGCGCGGCUGCGCAGACUAUGUUUUAGGGGCGGCGGCAGUGUUCCCUGUCGCGUGGGGAGACCCUGGGAGUAGAGAGUUCCCCAAAGCGGGAGUCUCCAGAGCUUCUGCAGGUUGAUUCAGGGCCCGCUGCCUCUUUUUUCUUUUUUUAUUUUUUUUUGCCCGCGGCCUCUGUAGUCUGAGUUCCCCAAACCAGAUCCUCCUUCACGAGUGACCGUGGACAGUAACCAAACCAAUAAAAGCCCGAACCCACACCCUGCCACCAUCGUAGGUCUGUAAUUACUUUGGAAUCAGUAAGCCAUGGCAUCAAAGAAAUUUGCUAUUAAAUGCGGGGAUUUUGCUGUCCUGGUGGAUCUUCACAUCUCACCGCAAGGAUCAAACAAAGACACCAGCUGGUUUUCUGAACAGAACAAAGAGGAAAUUUGUUUACUGUUAAAAGAAACCAUUAAUUCAAGAGUUAAGGAGUACUUGGAAGUUCGUAAACAGCACAGGCCGUCAAAUGCAGAAUUCACAAGAUCCAGUCCCUUGUCCUUAAAAGGUUAUGGCUUUCAAAUCACAGCCUAUUUCCUCAAGAGAGGGAUACGCCUUCGCUGCUUUGGGGGCUCACAGAGGCCUGAACUUCGUGUAUUUCCUGACAGAUUUGUGGUCUGUGUAAGUCAGCUUGCAUUCAGUUGUGAUCUUUCAAGGCAGAAUGAGGAACUGACGGGAAGAGGUCUCCACGGAGCGUCUGGUUAUUUUGCUGAGUGUGCAGAGGGUCCACUUCCUCCCAGUGCAAAGCGCAAGAGAAGCGUUCUGAAAGCAAUCAUGAAAAGAGCUGAAACAAAAAGCAGCAGCACGAGCAAAUCACAGGGCAGCAGGGACAUUGUGGGAACAUCGAGUGACUCAGUGGUUGCAGAGAUGGCAGUGAGAAGAGGUGACAGCCAGGCUUCCUCCAGUGCCCCUCCGGAGUCCUCAGGGCAAGCAGAGGAUUGCACACAGGCAGCUGAGAGCCACUGGGGGCUCUCUGUUCCAAAGCUGGAACAUGUUCAUCAGACCCAGCCAGAGGACACCGGCGGCCAGCACAAGCCUCAUCCUGGGGCGUGGUUACAGACGGGGCUUCAGAGCGGGAGCGCUGUCUGGAGCUGUGAGUCAGCAGCACCGGGUCCAAAACAAAGCCCACGAGGAGCCCCAGCACAGCAGAAACGCAGGCCCCGCGGCGCUGCGCAGGGCUCCGACCACUGCGAGAGCGUCUCUCUGGGAAGUGAUCGAUUCCUCCCGCGAGAAAUGAGAGCGGGAACAAGCAAAGCUGUCAGGGUUUUGCCAACAUCAGAGCUGUCAGAUCCGGGGUUACUUUUGAAAGAGGAUUUGGCAAAAGCCAUGUCUAAUGAAGAGUUGCAUGUUUUGGAAAAUCUCUCCUCCAGACAUCUUACGAAAAUUGAGCCAGGGAAGGCCGACCAAACCGGCUCAGCCACCAACACUGAAAGAUUAGCUACAAUCCAGGGCAGCCCAACCAAAAAAAGGAAGAAGUCUGAAAGAGGCCACUGACUUACUAGAGAGGAUUGCAAAGUUGUGGUUGAGGGAUAUAGUGGCCAAACCUGCGAAAAAUGAGAAGUAUGUGUAGAUGCUGUGAUUUCAAAGGAAUUAGAAUGACUUUUUUAAAAAGAAAACUGUAUCUCUGUUGGGCUCAGCUUUCAAAGAAGUCACCUCCAGGAGCCUAUCUGCUUGUUCUAACAACAUGGCUACCUUCUCAUCAAGUUGUGUAACUGCCUUCAGAAAAUUAUUUUAAUGAUAAACAUCCUUUCGCUUUGUCAGAGACGACCCCCCUCCUGAAGAACUGAACGAAGCCCAGCCAGUGUUGCUCAGUGGUUGAGCAUCGACCUAUCACAGUUCAA